AUGAAUUAGAAAGCAAAUUAUUAUUAAAAUAAAAUGAACUCAAAUAAGAAAAUUUUCAAUUUGACAAAUUUGAUAAAAGAUGUAAGUUUUAUCUCAAUCUAUUGCAUCAUGACAGAGUAUUUGGAGCAUAUGAUAAAAAUGAUAUUGUUUCUAUAAUUCAACAGAUAAUUCAUUAUCUUAUGUUUAAAUAGGAAAGUCAACAUCUUUUAAUAAUAUAAUUUAUUAUUAUGAUAUUGUUAUUAAUUCAGAUGUUUUCAAAAAGUAUAAGAAUAAUUUAUUCAUUUUAUUAGAUCAAUCGUCAAAUACUUUAAUCAAUUAUUAUUGAUACACAAGAGAAACGAUUUGAAUUAGAUAACAAUCCUAUCAAAUUUAUUUACUUUAAAGCAUUUAUAAAUUCGAAAUUCCCUCUCUUAAAAUCAUUAACAAGUAAUAUAAAUAUUGUGGAUCCUAAAAACAAGUUAAAUUGCACUUAGAAUCUUAAGCUGAUAAAGAAGGUAGAAGAGAUCCAUAAAUUUAAAAUCCAAAAGAAAACCUUUAAUAAAAUCUCAGUUUUACUAAAUAAGAUGAACCUUUGA